GCCGCCCCUCAGCCCGCUGCUGAAGAGCAGCAAACAUCAGAGGGCCGACCAAUAGAAAGAGAGAAAUCAGUCGACCACCUGACAGUAAUCAGUGAGGUCACAGAGACCAGUAACGGCGUCGCUCCUGUCAUGGCUGAAACGUCUCCCACAGUGUCCUCUGUGUCGCCCAAGUUUCACGCUAAGCCAGGCGGCCACAUUAAUGGCCGGCCUCGCUUGGGCAGCCGGUCCGGCUCGUUGGCGGCGGGCUCCCCGAGGCCCUCGCUCACACGCCAGCCCAGUGCCAUCACAGAGGUCACUGGGGACGGAUCGAAACCCAGGGACUACCUGAUCCUGGCCAUCCUGUCCUGCUUCUGCCCCUUGGUGCCCAUCAACAUCGUAGCCCUCACUUUCUCCGUGAUGUCUCGGAACAGUCUGCAGCAGGGCAACGUGGACGGAGCCCGCCGUUUGGGUCGCAACGCCUUGGUGCUGUCCGUCAUCUCCAUUUUAGGGGGAAUCGCCAUCAUCGCUGCAGCCGUCGCCUUCAACUGGGGACGGAUUCUGAAGUCCUGAUGACAUCUUCAGGACCGGAUCCAGACCAGCGCAGCACCGUCUCGUCUCUGAAGCUCUAUCGGUCCCAUCCACCUUCACCAGAUGGAAAAACUAUCGUACUUCUGUUCCAGCUUGUGGUUUUAUUUCUGCACGACGAUGAGCAUGACCUGCCUGACGCUCUACCUCCAACACAACCAGCCAACUCUGUCCCAGCGCUGACCGGCGGAUCGUUCCAGCUUCGCUCCCGAUCCGACGCUCUUCUCUCCCUGGAAUCAGGCGUUUGUCUCUGUGCAGGACGGAUUAUCCAACAAGCUGCUGGUUCUCAUGUUCUGAUGCCAAAAUGUUCUGAGCUGUUUGUAAAACUGAGAUGCUGCUAUGAAACUUUGAACUGGGAAUCAAGACUUUUACUGUGAAGGCAGGACAGAAACGGACAACAACUUUUCCACCUUUCUCUGACCCAAACGUCAGGUUUCCUUCAGCCACUGCGUCCAGAACCGACUCAUGGUUCAGUUCUGGACCCCCAUCGGUCUGAUGAUCAGAGUCCAUCUUAAAUCACCAGUCAUAAGUCAGGAAAUCAAAACUUCCCCAUAAAAUCAGCUGAAUUUAAAACGUCACUGAGCCGCUGGAGUUCAGAGGUCGUGACAUGUCCCUGCUGGACUUCAUGUCCCUGCUGGGCUUCAUGUCCC